AUGAGCUCCAUAGCUCCUCUGCCGGAGCUCGAGAGCUCGGAGGAUCCACGCAACUGGUCUCUGAGUCAUAAAAUCUAUGCGAAUGUGAUCUACAAUAUGAUCACACUUCUUGCCACAUACACGUCCGGUGUGUAUUCGCCUGGUAUCAAGCCUAUGCGAAAAGACUUUCCUGUGAGCAUGCCGGUAGCACAGCUGGGUACGAGCUUGUACAUGUUUGGAUUGGCGAUCGGGGCGCUUUUGUGGGGACCAUUGAGCCAGACGCUGGGACGUCGGCCUGUUUUUCUCAUGUCGCUUAUCGGGAUGACUCUCUUCAACUUAGGUGUAUGCUUGUCUCCCUCAAUGGCCUCCUUACUUGUCUGCCGGACGUUUGCAGGCGCUAUGUCUUCUGCCGUGUUUGUCAAUGUGGCGGGGAGUAUUGUCGAUAUGACCAUUGAGCAUGACAGGAUACCUUAUAAUUCCAUGUUUCGCUUUGUCACCUUCCUUGGACCACCUCUUGCGGCUAUUCUUGGUACGGUCGCUGUGCGUGACGCGUCUUGGCGCUGGAACCUUCGCUCAAUUCCUAUUUACGCAUUCGUUUGCCUUGUUAUUUAUGCAUUUACUAUGCCUGAAACCUAUGUGCCUAUCCUGAUUCAGCAUAAGAUCGAACGGGAAAAGGAGGAGAUGGAAGAACGAAUUGAACACCACAACUGGGCCUAUCGCAUGGCUCAUCGGAUCCAGCAUCGGCUCCCAAGCAAGUCCCUUUUAUUAUUGCUUUGGAAGCGUACAAUUGAAUCAUUGCCACUACCAUGGAUUCUUCUAUUCGAAGAACCAUUGGUGAUUAUUGUAUGCUUUUAUACGUCGCUGCUGUAUGGUCUUUUGUAUGGCUCACUCCUCUUUUUCCCCAAGGUAUGGGGUGAAGUCCGUGGGUACAGUAGCGUGCAAGUGGCGUAUACAUACUUUGCCGUUAUCAUUGGGUUUGUCCUUUCUACAAUUAUUGUGGGAUUUACUAUUCAAAAUGUACGGUACAAACGCGCCUAUGAUGCUGGGAAGCACACACCAGAAUUGCGCAUUCGGUUAGGGUACUUUGCCCUUUUCUUUGUCCCUAUCGGCCUGUUUAUCUUUGGAUGGACAGCACCAUUCAUACAUGUGCAUUGGAUCGCACCUUGUAUCGGGGUGGUAUGCUUUGCGUUUGGUAUGCUGGCUGUCUUUAAUUCGUGGAUGGCAUAUUUAACCGAUACCUACAGCAAUAACACAGCUGCUGUGAUUGCUAUUAAUACAUUCUGCCGGUCUGCAUUGGCAGGAGCUUUCCCUCUUUUCAUCACGCCUAUGAUGUCAGCCAUGACCUUUCAAGGUGCUAUGAGCCUAUUUGGUGGUGUAUCUAUCCCCCUUACGGCGAUAGGCAUUGUCUUUGCAUUCCAUGGAAAACGCAUACGUGAGAAGAGCAAACACGCUGUAUAUGGUUGA